AGGUGAGAUUCAGAGAGCUUUUCUCUCACACACACACACACUAAAACACACACACACACACUAAAACACACACUUAAAAGAUUUCUUGAGGAUUUUCUUUAAUUUCAUCAUCUUCUCCCCCCUCUGAAUUCCCCCCCUUCUGUGUUUCCCUUUCUGUAAAUCAUCUGGUCUUCGUUAAGAAAAGAAUUGGAAUUAAUUUGACUUUUUUUCAUGGAUUUUUCAAGAACGGAAAAGCAAACUUGAUUUGGGAUCUCUUUCUUCAACCAGGUGUUUUCAGAAUAGCGAUCCAUCGUUUUUUAGUUGGGUUCUAUUUCCAUCUCAUUUAUUUUCAAUUUUUGUUUAUAAAUCUUCACAAUUUCAUCAAAAUCACACCUUUUUAGGGCUUAGUUUCGUCCCUGUAAGGUUGAUUUCUUCAGAAAAAAAGGUUUGAUUAUUUGGAAAACCUUCAAUUUUUCUGGGUUUUGUUUAUUUUCUUUUUGAAAAUUAAAAAAGAAAAGAGAAGAAGAUUAAUGACGUCAGCAACAAUGGAGUUCUGGGAUACCGUUGGUUUUCAGCACUCGUCGUCGUCGACGGUGGCCGGCGGUGAGCUCAUGGAAGCACUUGAACCUUUUAUCAAAAGUGCUUCACCAGAUUACCGAAGUACCCUCUCUUCUACUUCUCCUUCUACUUCUUAUUCAUACCCUUCUUCGUCUUUUUCUCCAUCUUUUUCUCCUCCAUCUUCUUCUACACAACAACCAUUCGGAUCGUACCCGGAUUGUUACUCCAAUGGGUUUUCUAUUCAAGACCCGUUUGGUUACGAACAACCCGGAUCUUCAGUCGGGUUGAACCAACUUACCCCAUCUCAGAUCUACCAGAUCCAAGCCCAGAUCAACUUGCCAUUGCCAACCAAUGGAACCAGCUUGAACUACUUGAGUCCGAAACCCGUACCCAUGAAAAAAGUCGGGUCACCUCCGAAACCAACGAAGCUUUACAGGGGUGUGAGACAAAGGCACUGGGGAAAAUGGGUCGCGGAGAUCCGUUUACCCAGGAACCGUACCCGGCUUUGGUUGGGUACUUUUGAUGUGGCUGAGGAAGCCGCUUUGGCUUACGAUAACGCCGCGUACAAGCUGCGUGGUGAAAACGCGCGGCUUAACUUUCCUCACCUCCGUCACCACUGGUCACAGAUCGGCGGCGAGUGCAGCGACUACAAGCCGUUACAUUCUUCUGUCGACGCCAAGUUGCAGGCGAUUUGCCAGAUCUUGGCGGAGGGGAAGAGCAUCGACGGUUGUAAAAAGUCACGAAGGUCAUCGGCGGCAAAGCCAAAGACGGUCGUGGAGCAGGCUGAGGUUGUGAAGGUUGAAGGAUCGGAGAGUGAAGGCAUUUCCGGUUCCGGCGACUCUUCACCGUCGUCGGAACUGACGUUUCCGGAGUUGACGGUGGAGGAGAGCGCGUGGUGUGAUUCCGAGAAUUUUUCAUUGGAAAAAUGCCCGUCGUAUGAGAUUGAUUGGGGUGCGAUCUAGCAGUGUUCGUUUAUUUCUUGUUUUGGUACAUCUGGUACAAGUCUUAGCAGCGAUAAAUGUCUAUUUUGAAGGGUAUAUUUGUAAUUUGGUAGGGAAGUGGGAGUUGCUGCAAUCGAGUUUUUGGCAAUUGCAGAGCUUGGACUUCGUUUUUUAGUGGGUAGUUUGGUAAAUUCUGUUGGUUUGGCUAGUGGUUUUUUCUUGGCCAAAUUCCAUGUUGGAGUAUUAAUUAAUUACUUAGUUUGUAC